ACAAUGCUUGGCGAUAUAGGAAGGAUCCCCAUUCUAUCUCUGAGUGGUUGCAAGAGUCUUUCGGAUAUUCUCUCAGAUCUGCCCUUGCCUCAACCCCUUCCCAAGUCCGUCAGUGGUAUCGAUCUCAUCGAUGACCCCAAGUUGUUCCAAGAGGCGCAAGCUCAUAUGCAGUCGCGCGAUGAACAUUUGGUAGACUCGAUUUCAUCAGCACUAUCCAUCACGUCCACAGACGGAAUAAUAUUAAAAAAUGAUCAGAAGCCUGCUCCAAUCGAUUUCCACACUCUUCCCAUAUUGCUCAAAGAGGCAAUUUCGAAAAGACCUAAUAUAUUAGAGGAGAACCGGAGCUUUGAAUGUAUAUACUCGUGCAGGGAGGUGCUGCAAAUUCUCUCUGGCGAAGCGGGAAAAUGUACUUCCAAAACGGCUUCCCCCAUUAAGUCUGGUUUGUCGUCGGUGACUCGACAUCAAACUUCAGCGUCCGCAGUCGCCCCCGUCAAACUGACACUAAAACAAUCACAAACUCCUGGGAGUGGAAGUGUUUACAGUGUAACAUCAGUAGAACCGCUUAAGCUAUCCAUUAAGCGAGCUCCUGCUACUUCGACUCCUGCCACCGUCUUACAAGAUGGUCCGAAAAAAUUGCGUGGCAAACGCCGUUCCAAAGCCUCUACCUCCGUUUCCUCUAGCACCCAAAAAUGGCCGAUGCAAUUGGUUGAGUCGGGAGCAGCUCCAGUUGUGCCUACGCAAUUGCAAAUUGUUCAUUCUCCUCCUGUACAGUCAACGCGUCUUCCCAUCCAAAAUCCAUCCCCUAGUUUGCAAUUAGUCAUCAAUGCCCCACCCUCCUUGCCUCCUCCCCCUCCUAAAGAUCCUCUUGUACGAAAUAGCAGCCAAAUGUUGAGUACAGUAUUCAACCAACUCCUCCAAUCCGACCCCGAGAGUACAAUCGCUUCACUCUUGAGCAGCAGCGAUGGGCAAUCUAUGGGCACUCCAGCCUCUGUAGAACCCCAUCAUCCUCGCUCCCCACCCCUUUCCGUUCCCUCAAACUGCUCCUAUCCUGCCACUCCAGGCAUGAACAGUAGCCUCUCAGUGAACAAUAACAGCAGCAACACUAGCAACAUGGCUCCUGCUGCCGUUAUCACCACCACUAAUCCUUCUCCUAUCAACACUAUUUUCGACACAGCUGAUGUGGGUGGUGGAAGGACGACCAAUCCUACACCUGCUCCUCCUCCUCCGCCUCCUCCACCUCGAGGAUUAGCGGCUUACCUUCAGAAAUCUCGGAAUCCUGAAGCAGUUGCUUCCCCUUCUGAAGAUGUCAUGGAUGCUUAUGCCCGCCAACAUGGGUCUGUGCCGCCCAUGUCUUCUUCAUCCUCUUCUCCAUGGACCGAGCGCCGCUGUGGACCGCAGGCCAGUUCUAGUGCCAAUGUCGGUGCCGCUCCCUAUCCAACCUCCUCUUCCUCUCUCACUAGCACCCCCAAUGGACAGGAAGGUGGCAAGGAGAAGCGUGGUGAGUUUUUCUGCACCAAUAUUGAGCGAUGUCGUCGACGACGAAGCGAGUUGGAAGAGCUGAUAAAUUGGCAGGUUCGAGAUCAAGCAACACCCCUCAAGAAACCUACUUUCCAGCCUCAACAAAUCCCACCAAUAAUGGAGAAUAACUCGCCUCCUCGCGUCCCAAGCGACAACGAGGGUGCGGCCUUUUUUACAGAACCCCUAGGGGAGCGUGUCAAGCGCAGGAGGCAGCAGCACAGGACACCGCCGUGUUCUAACAACAGCUCCAGUGAUGUCAUGAGGAACAACAGCGGUGGUAAAAGUGCCUAUGGUGGUGGAAGCAAAAGUGGUGUCAAUAAACGUCCUCGUGAAGACACAUCCAGCGAGCUGUCAGUUUCACCGAAACAUGGAAAGACUUUGGGGCACCGGCGCCAUCGUCUAACUUCCUCUGAAUCCGAUAUUCAGGAUGAUGAGGAGGAGGAAUCCAAAGCGGUCGAUGAUGGUGCUACCAGCAGUAGUUGUCUCACCGAUUCACCUGUUCCACGGAAGCAUUCGCUCCAACGUCUUGUCGAAGAGGUCAAGGGUCGACCACCUUCUCUACCCAGACUUGAUAGUUUACGUCACACUCCUCUGUCUUCUACACCCAUUCCUCCGGCUGAGCCAAAUUCUCCACUAGCAUGUUCAAAUAGUAAUCGGUUCUCGCCUUCGAUGGAACGACCCAGAAAGAGGGCUUCCACCCGCUCCUCCACUAGUCCUCCGCCUCUUCUCCCUCUUCAAAGUUAUGGACAAGAUCUAGUUGACAGAAAGGAACGCCAUAGGUUGAAAAAGCGUCGGCAGCUCACUCAGACUACUUCCUCGUCUGAGGAUGAACCCUCCAAAAAACCAUCUCACUCAAUGGUAAUUGCUGAGCGCAAUUCGAGGCGGAGCUCCAAUCACAAUCGAUUCAAUGAAAUGUCUAAAUCAGGAUCGCAUGUUCCUCGCAAAAAACAAAAGACUCCCUUAAUCCGCUCUUCAUCAUCUUCGUCUUCUUCAUCGUCGAACGCUUGUAGGCUCAGUCCUGCCUCCUUUAGCAAGGGUCGUCGCAAGACCAACUCUGAUACACAUUCACGCUCCUCAGAGGAACAUGGAAAAUCGGUUGCACGGAGGUGUGGAUCGACAUCAGGCACUGAGCCGUGUACUGAAAGCUCUGCAAUGGAUUGUGAUAAGUAUGAUAAGGAUGAACUGUCGUCUCUUAAAGCUCUGUCGGCUAAUGCAGCUACCGCUACGGUCGUCUCAUCACGUUUGUCCCCCUCUUCCUCCAACAUGGCUGUCUCUUCUGAUCUCUCCGACUCUGAUCGGACUGAGAUGGUAAUAGAAGCAGAAAAACGGAUAAGCGAAGAAGUCGGGAAGUUUGCUGUCACAUGGGCUCACUUUUCUACACACAUAUCCGAAUUUUUAUUACGUGUGGGGAGUCUGGAUCUUUCCAAAACAGCUGGAGACAUGAGCAUAGCCGCAGUUGAUCCGGGCGAAGACUCCUCUUCGGCUGUCGAUCAAACACCGGUAACUGUGCGUCUAUCCCGUCGUGAGGUAAACUUCCUCUAUCAUGAGGCGGAGGAAGCACGGGUAGCUGGAUCUAUCUCCAACGAACCCAAUGGACGUUUGGUCAGAUUCUUGAAUCUUUUAAGAGUAAAUAUUCGUGACGCCUCUUCUCUCAUGGCUCCCAAUCCCACCAUUACAAAUUUCAAAGAACUUAUCCAGCGUCGGAAGGCUCGCAUUGAGCGUCGGAAUGGUGGUGCAGAAGGCAGCAGUGGAAGCAGUGAACUACUCUCUGAAUCAUUAUUAUGGUCACAUCCUGUGUGGAUGCGAAUAUUGCGUGGUCUUGAUUCAGCCCUUAUUGCUCUCCACAUCAUUGCCGGACCAGAUGUCCCUCGAAGUCGUCUACUUGCAAUGGAAGAACUUGUGGAAGCUAUCACCGCUAUUACGCAGUUUCACUUUAAUCGGCUAGUCACUGUAAUUUGCACUCCUGAUGAGUUCAAACGCUCUGGGUCCAACAUUCCUGUGGGCCUCACAAAUCUUGUUCGCGAAAGCCUCGGCAGUCGAUUAAGUGAAGCGUUGUGUGGUCUGGCUAGCCUUGUGCGUCUCCAUCCCGGUCGAUUUACCGACUCUCUAAUCAUGCAUCUCACUGAUCUUGCUAUUCUCGUCAUCUCAUGUGGGCUUAGCCCUGGUGCUUCUCGGAGGGUACCUCUUGCAGGCACUAGUACGUCUUCCUCACCGCCUUCUGCCAUUCUUUUUCCUGAAACGGCUCCUCCUCCUAUCGCUGGGGAGUCGCUGGAACGACGAGAGCGCCGUCGAAAAGAAUACUACGAGCGCAAUGCUUGGCGUCUUCAAAUGCAGCGCUCUGCGCUUGCUCUUGCAUCUACAAUCUUCUCACAAUAUGACAAACACCGUCGCCUAGUAGCCAGUGAUGUUUUGUCGAAUCUCAUCACCUCACCUAUAAAGGCGGUCUCUACCAGGACUUCGAAUUCGUCCUCUAAAAGCUGCCCCGCCAUGCGAAACUUCUGGAUUUUAGCAUCUGGAAGUUUCACCAGCGGCUGGCAGCCCUUCUGUCGAUACAUCCAACCUUCACCUUUGUCUGCCAAUAACUUUGUUGCAAACUCACACUUCAUUCGAGUGCAUCCCUUUACUGCAGUCCUAAUGGCCCUCAUUCAGGGUCUUAUUCCCGCCCCAUCGUAUAUGGCUGGUGGGCGACGGAGCUCAAGCGCUGGUGCACCAGCCACUCCUUCAAGUGGUGUCAGCCAACAGUCCACCACCACGGGCACUGGCAUGAGUGACCAACACGCCAUCAUGGAUGCCACUCAGCUGGCGAAGGAGGAAAAGUCUGUGUGCAGCGCAUACACAAAUGCCAUUCGCACCUCUCAGUUCCUGAUCUCGGAGAUGUUCAGAAAGGCUGUUGCCAAAGGGGAAGAUAAUCUAAGCCCACUCGUCGACACAGUUCUUGUUGACCUUCUAAGGGUAGCAGCUGAUGCACCGAUAGAGUGGCCAGUGGCGAGUCUUCUGCUCACUGUCUUUGGAAAAUUCUUAAUUCAGCAGCUGAAUGGAUCUUCCACACCACCCUCCUCUUCGCGAAGUCAAACUCCUACCCAAGGAACUGCUGUUGGUUCUUCUGCUUCCGCCACAGCCCCCUCAUCCACACCGACUUCAGGGUCGAAUCGAAACACUGAUUCUACAGUUCGUCAGAUUGCUUUGGAUAGUCUUAUCACUCUUACGGGGGGUAUGUAUCACCUUCAAAAACUCCGGGGAUCCACCAACAAGGGGAAUUUUGAUUUGGGGGAGGCUAGGACUGCACUGUCUGCAUUUCUUGGAAGUCCUGUUUUGGGCCUCUACCAUCUCACUCUGGGUAUUGACGAAGAAUCGAAGGGUGCUACUUCUGACUCUGCUGAGGGGAUGUCAAAUCACACACGACAGCGAGAAUUCGCUUACCAACUCAUCUCUCGUCUUCGAUAUAACCACUUUGAUGGCCUCACGUUGGCAGCCAAACGAUUUCACUUGGUGACGUGGUUGUACGAAACAAACCAAGAACUUAGCUCAACUCCACCUUCACCAACUGAAGAGAGGCGGAAAAAAUUGGAGGAGAUUCGCAAGAGUCUCCUGAUUGAGUUUGCCUCAACACACCACAGCAUAUCAGGGAUAGCUCCCUGGCUACCACCGAAUCGUGGGACGGGUAGUGGUGGUGGUGGUGCUACCGGCAACCGUGCAGGUCUCAUCAGUCCUGCAGCCUCGGAACCCAGCAUCGCGGGCGAGAGGCCACUGAGUGAUACGAAGUUGGCUUUGUACACUGGUUAUGGCGUCGGCGCCGAAAGUAGACGUAAAAAAACCGCACGUGCACAUCGCUUUGCCACUAAAAUCGCAGCGCAGAUUCACGGUCAAAUCGGAUUUGAUGUGCUCUAUAUGCAAAUUGUAAAGAUGGUUCAUGAUGCGUCGCUUGCUGUACGUACGCGAGCACUGAGAGGUCUAUCGAAUUUAGUUGAGACCUGUCCAGAGUGCAUUCCAGUACCGGUGAUCACGGAGAGCUCUGCUCCCAGUGCUUCAGACCUCCUCUCAAUCAUUCCUCUCCGUCUCAUGGACGGUUCACCGAUGGUGCGUGAGGCAGCCGUUGAAUUGGCUGGACACUUGGUAAACAUCCCCGAUUCCGCCUUUCCAACGCGUCUAUUCAAGCCUCUAGUCAAUCGGGUACUUGAUUUGCAACUCAGUGUUCGUAAACGUGCUGUCAAGAGUCUGCAGCAACUUCUUCUUUCGGACUCUGAUGACAUGCGCAGAACACCACUGCUUACGCCUAAGCACCGAUCUGACGCUUGCGUCACGCUUCUUAGGCGUUUCAAUGAUGAAGAUACCAUUAAGAAAAUCGUACUGGAGACGUUCACUGCACUCUGGUUCACCUUCGGCACUGGUGAGAGUGUUGACGCUUCCAAAUUGGCCACACGACUCGAAAAACGGGUCCGUAAUAUGUGUGAGGUCGUUCUAAGCGUGCGGAGCCGCAGUUCUGGUGUGAUAGAAGAAUUUAUGGCCUCGAUUCUCAAUCAAGAAUCGCCGGAGAAGGCAGUUCAAGUUGAUGCUGCCAGCUCAAGAAUCGUUGACUUUCUUAUGAAACUAGUACAGCGCUGCCACAACGCAAGCUGGCACACAGCGAAUUGCCCACUUCAUAUGAAAUAUAAUCGAGGGCGUUCGUCUAGCCCUGAGGGCCACUGUAAAUGCUCCACUCAAACCUCAGACACUCUGUCACCGCAGAAUGCCCUCUUACUUCUUAGUACUAUGGUCAAACCGCGUCCUCAGUUGUUCUUGCAGCAUAUAUCCAUGCUAACCCAAGUGGUUGCCUUCGCUGCGGUCUCACAAGACAACGGGGGCGUUCUCGAUGGCAACACUCUCUCUUAUGCCAUAGAGAUUAUCGAGUCAUGCUGCCUUCACGUUGCCGCCGAAAAGGGUUCAAAGUUGAGUCAACUGUUUCCCGAAGGCACGGGCACUUUGGAGGAUUACCUGGUCGUCCUUCUUCAGCGACAUUGUCGUGCCGUUGUGGACUCGUCAGUUUCAUGCCUUGCAGCCAUCGCUAAUCACCUUACUAAGAACUACUCCCGUGUGGCCACCUGUUUUGCUCAAUUUUAUGAAUGCCUUAUACAGGAGCGCAAAGCCGCAACAGAGCGUCUGAGGAGGCUUGCCUCAAAACACGCCGCUUCUGCUCCUUCUUCGGUUUCUUCUGUACGUUCUCCGUUAAAAGCGCGUCCCAAGGUACUCCGGGCUGUCUAUGCCGUUGGACUGAUUUGCAAGCACUUCUCUCUCGAAGAUCUUGCUAAUGCUACCAUCAAGUCAAGUAACGAGUCCAAUACUGGUGUUCGGCGCCCUUCCUUCGAUCUCAGUGCUCUCACCCAUCAGGGCGGUAGCGGAUCAAACAAUCGCGAUGAGGUUUUCAACGCUCUCAUGUUCUUCUCUGAGACUGCUCUGCUGAUAAAUAUUGACGAGGAAGCUCGUCGUGCCAUCGUCACUACCACUACCGAGGAUGUUGAGAUGGCCAAAAAAGCUAUUGCUGGUCUCUCCUUUCUGGCCAAUCGACACGAAUAUCUUUUUAGUUCUCUUCGUCUUCAGGAAUUCUUCAAAACCAUUCUCUCUGGAGUGAGUGCCACUUUUCCACGGGAGGCUGUCGCUGAUCUCCAAUGCAUCGUUCUUGACUGCAUAAACGCCUUUUUGGUUGAUGAGGAGAAAAGGAUGCUGAGUAAUGACAGCAAUUGGCUAGCUCGGCGAAAGCAAGAAUCUCUAAAAGACUUAGGGGAUGGGCAGGAGGUGCAUGGUAGCACGGUGGCACAGAUCUACUUGAAACCUGCCCUUGAGCACUGCGUCAUAUGCUCCUCGACCACGGUGCGCACUAAAGCUCUCUCCCUCAUUGCAACAGCUGCGCGUCAGGGUCUCGUCCAUCCUGUCAGCUUCAUCGCCCCUCUCAUUUCUCUCCAAACGGAUCCUGAAUUCGCUAUUAGAUCUCGAGCCAUCAGCAUUCUUCAAGAGAUCUCUCAAAAAUUCUCCGGUUUUCUAGCUUUGAAAGCAGCACAAGGUAUACGAAGUAGUUUUCUCCUCCAACGGCUGAUUGCAUCAUCUUCAAACAAACCGCAGACGAUCAUUCGUGGCGCUUAUGUUGGCAAGGCCGCCGCCACAUCCAACUCCUCUUGUCCUGACAAAACAGACGCUUCAAGCGCUCAAGUUCGGCCCCUCGCUCUCAGCCACCCGACUUAUAGCCUUCUGCAGGGCAACAAACAACACCGGCGUUCCCUUAUCACUUCGCUCGUCAACCUCUUUGACAUGGACUACAUUCCGCAACCAGCCUCCCAAUCCAUCUCACCUUUCACGUCGUUAACGUCGGAUGGUGGAGUAAGGAAAUCUGCCUCUACUAGCAGUGUCACGACAACUAAUGUCGUUGACACAGUAUCCGAAGAAACUUGCCUUUCAGAACUCAUCUAUAUCUGCGAUCACUUAGCUCACUUCCCCUAUAAGACAGUGGAUGAAGUCUACUAUCUGGCACACUAUCUCGACCUCCGUAUCGGUACAAUUGGAUCAGCACUGGUUCGUAGCCUUCAAGAUUGCCUUCUUUCGACCUCUCAACUGAAAGCAGAGUCUGGCGCUACCGCAAUUGAUGCUGAUGCUGCACCAGAGCCCUCUUCUCUCGUUCUUGAUCGAAAGGUAAACAAUCUUCUCGACGAUGUGGAGUCAGAACUCUUUGCCAAAUCGGCCAUGCCUUUGGAGGUUGGUCCGAAUGAACGAAAGGUCAUUGAACGCAUAAAUCGGCCAGUCGCUGCGGACAAACGUCAAGCCUUCCAAGAAAAGGUCUUUCGCAAUGGUCCUGCCUGUCUCCUUCUCAUGGCCAUCCGCAAAUACCUCCAAGAAGCCUAUGAUGUCACUUCUAACAAAUUGAACUCCUACUCUUCUACCGACGAAAAACAUUUGCAAAAGCCCAUUCCAUCGCCCUCAGCACGCGCUCUUCAUUCGGGUAUGCUCUACCGACUGGUUGAGAUCCCCACUCUGGUUACCACCUGCGCUCUCAGUCAUGCAUGGCCGAUCGUGAGCCCUAGUCUGAAGGAGAUCCAUGUCCGCGAAUGUGAUACUGAAGAUGCUGUAAACCUGGAAACCAACGUCCUACGUGUGGCUCUCCUUGUUCAUCGGCAGUUGUUUACCGUUGAUGGGUCCAAUGAAGCACUGGGUAUAGAAAUUGCGCCUCCCCCGCCUCCUCUCCAACCCCCGGUAGCUCGCUCCUCCAUCGCUCCUAGUAGCGAGGGCGUACAAUCGAAGAGAGUAGCCGUGGCUGCAAUGCCAACCCAUCGGGAGACUGAAAAAUUCAAAGAAAAAUCACACAGUGAUCACCGUAACUCAACCAAGAUGCUGGUAAAGACUGGUCAUUCCUCGUCUGCAAAGUAUCGGCGAGUCGUUGAAAACGCAAGCGAGGAUAGGACGGGAAACUUGAGCGACAGCCUCUCUUCUCUGUCGGACACUAGCUCGAUACGCAAGGUGGCGACCGGGACUAAACACCAGUCCGCCUCUGUGAGAUCUAGUGAAAAGAAAAAGCGGCAUCAGCCCUCAUGUUCGCCCUCCUCCAAGUCGACGAAACACCUCAAUAAGUCGAAUCCAGAGGGUGCCUCAACCCUCAGCAAACACAAUACACCUUCCUCCAUACCAAAGAAAGAUACCACCACAAAGCCGAGCUCGAGAAAACGUCAGCUCCACUUGAGCGAUGCAGAGCUCUCCUCCCUCUCCAGUCCGGAGGAGAACUCUGAACUCAAUCGAAAACUCACAAAACGCCUUCUACAGCCUUCGCCGUCGUCGUCGUCCGCUAAGAAGACAGUGGCAUCGACUUCUGCUACAGCAGAGAAGUCUGCUUUCUCCCGACCUAAGUACGAUCUCGCUCCCCUUCCCGGCACUCCGGACAUUCUGACGCAACAGGAGCAGCGUCGGAAAAUGAAGGCUCUCGCUGCCAAAAAGGCCGUGGCCAAACAUCUGUUAAUGGAGACAAGUAAAAAGAAGUCUCAGGCUGCUCAACCGCCUGUCAGAAGCGAGAGCUUCAAGAGAGAGGUUGGGAGCUGA